AUGUGGAAGCGCGCGCAGGAGAAAGAGCGCGAGGCGGUUCGCGAGGCCGAGGCGCGGAAGCGCGCGGAGGAGCAAGGCGCGGCGCAAGCGGCGGGGGACGAGCAGGGGGGGGAAGCGGGGGAGAGCGCGGAUGUGAUGAAGAAGCGCGAAGCGCAGUUCCUUCAAAUGCUCGAGGUGCCCAAGGAGGUGCGGCAGGAGGCAGAGAGGAAGGCUGUUGUAGACCGCGCGGCGGCCGCCCUGGCGGCGGCGCAGGCGCUGCUGGUGGAGGCGGAGGAGCGCGCGCGCAAGGACAGGCAGGCUUCGCGCGGGCGGCGGUUGGCGGGCGCGGGGGACCAGGGGGCGGCGAGUAGCGUCUGGGGCGGCAAGUCGUUGUCUGUAGUGAAGGAGAAGGGCGGGAAGAAGGGCGGGGAUGGGAAGGCGGCAGCAGGGGCAGCAGCGUCAAAGGCAGCACCAGCGGGCGGCACAGGUGCUGCUGCAGGAGGGUUAGGGGGCUUCUGGAAGGCCAUUCCAAGCCGAGCCAAAAAGUCUUCUGCCUCGUCCUCCUCCUCACCACCCGCAGCAGCAACAGCAGCCGCCGCACCAGCAGCCAAGCCAGCCUCGCCUUCCUCCUCCCCUGAUGAAGCGAAGCAGCCUUCCUCAGGUGCCUCCUCAGGUGGUUCCAGCAGUCCAGGGCCCAGCUUCUGGGAGUGGGCGCCCCCAUCCGACACCACCCCCCCGCGCGGCGCUGGGAGCGACAGUCCCCCCCAGCUGCAGCCAGCUGCCCCGAAACCUGCCCGUUCAGCUGCCCAGCGUGCUACAGUGACCAUUGCCGACCCCCAGCCACAGCUGCUAGAGGCGCUGCUGCUGCCGUUUGAAAGCGCCGUCGCGCCCACCAAACCCGCCAGCGCUGGGGAAGCUUCUAACGCUGCCGGUGGCACCACUGGUGGCGGCGUUGGUGGUGCUGCUGGCGCUGCUGGUGCUGGUGCUGGUGCUGCUGCCAGUGCUGCUGGUUCUGCUGCUGCUGCUUCUGCUGCUGCAAGCACUGCGGCUGUUGCCUCUGCAGCAGCACUCGAUCUCGCCUCCGCCUCGCCUUUCCUCAAUUCUGACGUCAGCCUGCCGCCCCUGCAGUCCGCUCUUGACGCCCAGCGCGGCAUCAAACAGGCUCUCCAGGCCGUCUUUGCAGGCUCGGAAGCCGACGGCGCGACCGUGGCUGCGGACGGGUCGCGGUGGUGGAAGGAGUCCGGGACUGAGGUUCGGGAGGGCGGGGAGGUUUGUGACUGGACGGUGGUUCGGGGGGUGAGCGUGGACGGAUCGGUGGAGUGGGAGGAGAAAUGGUGGGAGGCUAGUGAUGAGUUUGAUUUCAAAGAGCUCGGAGCGGAAAAGUCCGGGCGGGAUGCGAAUGGGGCGGUGUGGAGGGAAACGUGGAGGGAGGCUACUUGGCAGGACUCUAAGACUGGGUUGAUGCAUAUUGAGAAGACGGCGGAUAAGUGGGGGCAGAAUGGGGAGGGCGGCGAGUGGCAUGAGAAGUGGUGGGAGCAUUAUGAUGCGACGGGGCGGGCGGAGAAGUGGGCGGAUAAGUGGAGCAAGAUUGACAUGUACACGCCGCUGUAUGACGGGCAUGCACACACGUGGCAUGAAAGGUGGGGGGAGGAAUACGACGGCCGGGGUGCGGCCUCGAAAUGGUGUGACAAGUGGGCAGAGCGGUUCGAGGGGCACGAUGGCUACGGCAAUCAGCUGUGGGCCAAGUGGGGCGACAAGUGGGACGAGAAGUUCAACCGAGACAAGACCGGGUAUCGGCAGGGAGAGACCUGGUGGCAGGGGUCGGGGGGGGACGAUGCGCCCCGGUGGAACAAGGUGUGGAGCGAGGGGCAUGACGGGUCGGGAUGGGUGCAUAAGAAGGGCGGCGCGAGCAGCGGCGAGGGGUGGGAUGUGCGGGAGUGGAUGGAUACUUGGUUUGAUGCUUUCCCUCACUUUGGGUUCAAGCAGUGCUUGGAGAACUCGAGGAGGCUUAUGGAGGUGGGGAGGCGGCAGGGGAAGAAGCAGAAGUAG